GGUAGCCCUUAAAUUUGCCCUUUUCUUUUUAAUAUUCCACAAACAUACACAAUAGUGUUCAAAAUCCCAACAAAAUAAUAUGAAUACAAUUAUUAUAUCUCUGACCUUUUGUCUUUUUCUUUAUAUAUAAAAGAAUAGAUAUAAAGAUUGGUAAUUUGAUACGGUAUAUAUAAAAACUAUUCAUAUACUCCAACCUACAGAUUAAUGGAUAAAAACAAGCUGGGUUCUUUCUCAUUUGAAGUUAAGUUUUGUUUUGUUUUGUUUUUUUUUUUUUUUGUGGAUAAAAGGCAGUUUCUUUAGUUUCUUUUACUGCUGAUUUUUUUUUUUUGCUGAUUUGGGUUGUUUUGUUUUUGAGAUUCCAUUACUGGGUUUUUGGUUUAAUUUGCAUAUUUUAGUGCAAUACUGAGAUUUUUGGGUUUGGGAGAGUGUUUCCGGUAAUUCAAAUACCAAAACAGAAGUGAAUAUAUAGUUGAAAAACUUGCCCCUUUUUCUUGUUUGGUGGGUGAGAAAAUCAAGGAAAAUGAAAGGAAAAUCUGGGAUUCCAGGGAAUUUCUAUGUAUUGAACACUGGAGCUAAAAUCCCCGCCAUUGGGCUUGGAACAUGGCAGAGUGGAGGAGACCUUUGUGUUGAUGCUGUUAAAACAGCAUUUUCGGUCGGUUACCGACACAUAGAUUGUGCACAUCUUUAUGGUAAUGAAAUCGAAGUUGGGGAAGCAUUGAAUGAAGCUUUCAAAGGUUCUUUAAAAAGAGAGGAUAUUUUUUUAACCUCUAAGCUUUAUUGUACCAUGAACUCUUUGAAUAAGAUUGAGAAUUAUGUUAGGGUGUCUCUUAAGAAUCUUGGAGUCUCCUAUUUGGAUCUUUAUUUGAUGCAUUGGCCUGAGAGCUCUGGUUUUGGUGAUGCAACUGAUCCGCCUUUGAAGUCUGGGAGUGAGCAUAGGCAGUUUCUGAAUCGCCUCAAGAAGGUAUGGAAGGCCAUGGAAGGCCUAGUCGAUUCCGGUUUAGUUCGAGCUAUCGGUGUUAGCAAUUUCGGUGUUCAUCAGAUCAAAGAAUUGCUUAAAUUUGCAAAAAUCGUACCUGCUGUUAAUCAGGUGGAGUUGCAUCCUUUUUGGAGGCAAGAUGAGCUGGUGAAGUUCUGCCAAAUGAAGGGUAUCCAUGUAUCGGCUCAUACACCUUUGGGAGUACCUACUUCAAGUCCUGGAGUGUCCGAUAGUGGAUCGGGUGGGGAAGAUGAACCCGGAACUCCUCGGAUUUCAUUUCGGAGGUCUAGAUCAGUACAUGGACCGAUGCUGAAAUUAUCAGUUGUUGGAGAGAUAGCAGAUAGGCACAAAAAGACACCUGAGCAGGUAAUUCUACGGUGGGGGUUUCAAAGAGGAACCAGUGUUCUACCAUGUAGCCUAAAACCCGACAGGAUAAAGCAAAACAUUGACAUAUUUAACUGGUCUCUGUCAGAUGAUGAGUGGAACCGCUUGAAUCGGAUUGAACCACAGGUAUGUUUAUAUGGAGAUGGUCCUUUGAACAAUCUCUCCGAUCGAGGCUUCAUGUUUGGUAGUGGUCCUCUUCAAGCUGUUCGAGAAAUGGAAGAUGACGCUGAAUUCAAUGCCUAAUAUGUUGUGAGCAUGUUUUUUUAAGGAUAAUGUCCUGGUUUUGCAUUCAAUCAUGUCAUUGCUCGGUUAUAAUAUUUGCUGUUGCGUCGCCAUCAUUAGCAUAGCUUUGAGUUUGUGACGAUGGAUAGAAAGUCAAAGAGAAGAACAUUGUAAUUGAUCUGUAGUUGCAGGUUUUACUUUUUAUAUGAACAAAUGGUGUUUCAUAUAUAUGUGUGCAAACGUGUUUUGUUUGUAAAACAUCAUUAAAUGUUAAUUACCAAUGAAAAGAAAUGUAACUUACUAUAGCUUAUGGUGAAAUAAAACAUGCUUGAACAUCAUACAUUGUUUUAAGAA